GCUGACUGUUGUUGAGAGUCGUCUGUGAUGUUCUAGGCGUAGUUGUCAUUUAAGUGCGUUGGGCAAGAUGGCGACUCCGUAUCCAAGAUCCUCGAUCGAGGAUGAUUUUAACUAUGGCACAAACGUGGCGUCGGCGAGCAUACAGAUUCGUAUGGAUUUUCUGAAAAAAGUUUACAGCAUUCUGACCGUACAAGUGCUUUUGACAACACUAACUGCAGCACUAUUCCUUUACUCCAAGUCUAUUCAAACUUUUGUUCAUGAAAGUCCUGCUCUGCUCUUAAUAUCAGUCAUUGGAUCUCUUGGAACAGUAAUCGCUCUAACAAUCUACAGACAGCAGUAUCCAGUGAAUUUGUACCUGCUUUUGGCAUUUACUGUCUUUGAAUCUGUGACUGUAGCUAUUGCUGUUACAUUCUAUGAUGUAGCAGUGGUCCUUCAAGCCUUUAUACUGACAACAGCUGUGUUCCUUGGGCUGACAGCAUUCACAUUUCAAUCAAAGAGAGACUUCAGCAAGUUUGGAGCUGGGCUUUUCACGUGCCUAUGGAUCCUGAUUUUUGCAAGCCUUUUGAGGCUGUUCUUUUAUAGUGAGACGGUAGAACUAGUAAUGGCUGCAGCAGGAGCCCUGCUCUUCUGUGGAUUCAUCAUCUAUGACACACAUAUAUUGAUGCACAAACUGUCCCCAGAGGAGUACAUCCUGGCGUCUGUCAACCUUUAUCUGGACAUCAUUAAUCUAUUUCUCCAUCUGCUUAGAAUAUUACAAGCUGUAAACAAAAAAUAAAUGACUGAGAUUAGUGUAUGCGCAGUAAUAGUCUGUGCCCAUAAAUUCCUUUUGUUUUAAUAUUCUCUAAACAUAUUUAACUGUAAUGUUGUUGUGAUUUUAGAUUGUGCGUGUUUUAGUCAAUUACAGUCUUUCAAUAACUUAACAGCUUAAUCAGAUGCAGUAUUAUGGUAGUCAUUGACUAAUACCUGUCAAAGGCUAAUGAGGAUAAUUUAGGGGAGGCAUAUGAAUUUAAAUUGAGGUUGAACUGAGAUAUUUUAAAUCUGUUUUAUUUAGUACUUCAACGGUCACUUCCUACAUGAACAACAUAUUCCAGUGCUCUGGUCACUUUGAUCGGGUAAUAGAACCAGGAACACUGUUUUUGGGCAGCACCGAUUAGACAUUUAUUGCAUAUAACUUAAAGGAAUAGUAACACCAAAAAAUAAGUGUAUUAAAGUAAUUUAAAUGUAAUGUACUGUUUCCCUGCACUAGUAAAAACUGGUGUCUUUGCUUCAGAAACACUACUAUAGUUCAUAUAAACAAGCUCCUGUGUAGCUAUAGGAGCAGUCAUUCAAGGCUCAGGAUACAUAGCAGGUAACAGAUGCACUUUGUAAAAUACCAUUGUAUUCUAUUACUGAGCUUAUCUGCUACGUAAACUGUGCUUUUUCAGCUUGAAUGGCUGCCCCCAUGGCUACACAGCAGCCUUUUUAUAUAAACUCUAGUAGUCUUUUUAAAAGCAAACAUAUAAGUUUUAUGAAUGUGGAGCGACAGUACAUUAUAUUGAACUACUUUAAAACAAUUUUCUUUUUUGUGUUACUGUUCCUUUAAAUGCAGUCUACAGCUUUUCUAGCUGGAUUUGAAGUGUACAUGAUUUUUCACUUGAUCUGCUAACCUGCUAAAGCAAUGGAAUAGUAAGAGAAGCCUGCUAUAAAUAUAUUCUAUGCUUUUAAUUAGCUGCUCCUUUUUGGGCAAUACCCUCUGCUAAAUUACCGAAUCAUUACAAUUUGUUCAGUGUAAGAUUUACCUUUUUAAUUAUUUUUAUUUCCUCUUUAAUUAAUGUACUCCACCAACUAAAAUGUUAACUUUUGCAAAGUGAUAUUUCUGAAAAUCAUGGAAAUCUAUUCUAAAUUAUAUUUUGAUAGGUUUUUUGUAUUUCUUGUUGGAAAUAAACUUUAAAAUGUGCUUGUUGA